AUGACUCUGCUUCUAUAUGUAUCUACCGUUAGUGGGAACAAUUUGGUAAUUCGCACUCAUCAAAAACGCAUUGAAGAUGUUCUUCAGUCGAAAAAGAUUCCAUUCAAAUCAAUUGAUAUCUCUGCAGAUGUGGAGGCGAAAAAUAAAAUGCAGGCUUCAAUGAUGUCGAACAAUAAGAAAGAACCAUUUUUGCCACCACAGUUAUUUUAUGGAGAUGAAUAUUUGGGCGGUUAUGAUGAGUUCGAAAAUGCAAUUGAGGACUCAUGCCUAGAGUCUUUUCUCCAUUUCACGGGGUAA